AAUUAAUCAUGCGGAAACCGGAAGUGACAUUUGCUUCACGUUUAAUCCUCUGACGUAAAUGGAAACUCCAUUUAUAGUUGGGUUUACUUCGAUGAACUGAUAUAUCCCUCGGACAAUUACACAGUCAGGAGUUUCCGUCGAAAUCAAAGGUGAAACUUUGUAGGUUAUCAUUCCUUGCCGUAUAAAAGCAGUGUGAUACUCAAGGACUUGUACGGAUCGUCGCAAAUAUAUAUCCCAUCGAUUUGAAGUCAAAACAAUCAUUGUCCAUGGCCAUUUUAACUACCCGAGAAGCCACGCUGAAAGAAGGGUAUCUUUUCAAGCAGAGUAGAACUGUUUGGAAAUUAUGGAAAGCACGAUUUUUCAUCCUCAAAACAACGGGUUUGUUCUAUUACAAGAAGAAAAGUUACUGCACCGGUCUAUCUCUUGGUGUGAUCCCAUUAAAGGAUAUUUCAAUGCAAGUUGACGAAGUUGGCGAUCGAAAGAGAAAGUUUUGCCUCAAGAUUAACGCAGAUGGAAAAAACUUUUCUCUUUGUUGCUUCUCCGAGGACGAAAGAAACUCGUGGAUGACAGCUAUCUUAACAGCUGUUACAUCGUAUGUUAUCAACCAUUACGAAGGAUCGAAAACAGAUGAGAUCGCUUACAUGACAAGAGGUAGAAGUUUAACGCGCUCCAAGUCCUUCGAUGCAAUCACGGGCGUUAGGCUUAACCCUCCGAAAGCUUCAACUCUUAGCACCAGUGUCACUGACCUAGAUCGCAUAGUGUUGCGAGAGGCGAAGACAACUCCGCUUCCGAAAAGAAAGCAGAAAGCGUUCUCCCAUUGGGAUUUCAAAGGGAGAAACAGCUACAUUAGCUUUGACUUGAUUUGAUCGCGAAGGAAUACCUAUUCAGACUGGUUUGAUAUUGCAUCAAUGUAUUAUACUAUCAAAUGAGAUACAGAUCUUACUUCGUACACAUGUUUUCGAUAAUUUUCAUCCUCAAGAGAGAAAUUAACAUCGACAUUUAGAAAUGCAUCGAUAGAACCGCACACCUAUCGAUAUAAAUCAACAUAUCUUUUGUUUGAGUUAAGUACCGGAAGUUACGGUAUUUGUGUAGGUUUGGAAAAUAUUGUAACUACGUUCCGUUUGUAAAGAAACCGUGAAAAGUCCUCGAAUUAUGGAGAAAUCUGUAUCCCUGAUACCAGUGUUAAUAUUUCUCAUUGUAAAUAACGAUCAGAAAUGUUUUAAUAUAUGUUAAUUACAUAAUUAGACACGUAAUGAAGAAGAAAUGUAUUUAUGAUGAAGGAAUUUUUUUGUGUAAUAUUUGCGAACAACCAAUGACGUGCUAUUAAAUUAGAUAUUUUAAACUUGA